AUGCCUCAUGGUCAAGUCACCUCAAUUAACCUUGCUCGCAACCAAUGUUACAAUACGAAACCUCUCACAGGGGCUAAACGUACCAUUGACGAAGCUCAUGGGGUUCAGCCAGGCCCUCCAAUCCAUGCCCAACCAUCAGCUCAAGGACCACAAACCAUCGACGCCGCCUUCUACCGACGCGAUGGCCACCCGCCCCGUCUUCGAGCCAGCCAUAUCAUUCGGACAGACCGCAGCGAUGAUAUUAAGGCAGCCGUGAACGUUACUCCCGUUCCUGUGCCUCGGACCACGUCAUCUACACCAGGGCCUUCGCAAAACCCCCUCCUCAGUCUUCGACAUCCUCGGUAUAGUCUGCCGUCCCAACUGGUGGACAAUUUCGAAUCACUGGGUGUGCGCGCCAUAUACCCAUGGCAGUCAUCAUGUCUACUGGGCAGGGGGCUACUGACCGGGGAGCAAAAUCUAGUCUACACUGCUCCUACAGGUGGCGGCAAGUCGCUGGUGGCAGAUGUCCUUCUUCUCAAACGAGUCAUCGAAGACCCAACAACGAAAGCAAUCCUGGUUCUUCCCUACGUCGCUCUCGUCCAGGAGAAGCUCAAGUGGCUGCGUGCCUUGGUGGAUAAAGUACCCAAAGCGGUCAGCGAUAUUUCCGAUGGCCUGCCAAUGCCGACGUGGCGCCGCCCGAGCGCGUCCAUUCGAAUCGGCGGAUUCUUUGGCGGAAGUAGAUCAAAUGUCAACUGGUCAAAUUGCGACAUCGCCGUCUGUACAAUCGAGAAGGCCAAUUCUUUGGUCAACAAUGCCAUUGAAGAAGGCAAAUAUGGCGACAUUGGGGUGGUGGUGCUUGAUGAACUGCACAUGAUCAACGAUGAAAACCGGGGAUAUCUCAUGGAGCUCCUUGCUACGAAGUUGAUGUCGCUUGCAUCUGGUGAGAAGAAGGUUCAGAUCGUGGGCAUGAGCGGGACUCUCCCGAAUCCGCAACUACUGGCACAAUGGCUUAAGGCGAAAUUUUACAUCGCAAAAUACCGACCGAUCCCCAUCGAGGAACAUCUUGUGUAUGAGAAUGCCAUCUAUCCAACAGCAAAUGCCAAAGAGUUCUUCCGCACAGCUAGUCAGUUGGCUGCAGGCGACGCACUUCCAACACAACGACCCCCGCCCCAGCGUAUUAUCGCUCAAUCAAGCUACCAAGAUCUCCAAAAGCCGACGCCCAAUGCAGUUAUAGCAUUGGCCGUGGAGACAGCCCUUGCUGGACAUGGUGCACUGGUAUUCUGUGGCAGUCGAAUGGGUGUUGAAAGAACAGCGCUCUUGAUUAGCGAUGCUCUACCUACUGACCACCUUGGCCAUGACGCGUUGGAGAAGCGACAAGAUCUCCUGGCAUUGCUGUGUGCACUCCCAGGUGGAUUUGAGCCCUCGUUCUCCAAGAUCAUACCUUGUGGAGUCGGAUUCCAUCACGCAGGUUUGACAACUGAAGAGCGAGAGCUAGUGUGCGAAGCAUACGACGCAGGGAUUUUGCGAGUGAUGGUGGCGACGUGCAGUCUCGCUGCCGGCAUCAAUCUUCCUGCAAGAAGGGUGAUAUUAAACGGUGCUCGGAUGGGCCGAGAGUUGGUCGGCCCUGCCAUGCUUCGGCAGAUGCGAGGACGCGCUGGCCGCAAGGGCAAAGACGAAGUCGGUGAGACCUACCUAUGCUGUCAAAAGGAAGAUCUUGAGGCUGUGGCAGAAUUGCUCGAAGCAGAAAUGCCUGCGGUCGAAAGCUGCCUGACACCUGAGAAGCGAGGACUCAAGAGAGCUCUUCUAGAGGUCAUUGGUACCCGAAUGGCAUCCAGCGAGUCGUCAUUAGAUGAAUACGUCCACUCGUCGCUGCUAAGGCAUACUCUUGAUCAGUCGCGGGUCGUGGCAAUGGUUGAAAGUGCGAAGAUAGAACUGCUCCAGGAUGGGUUGAUUCAAGAAGGGGAAUACCAUGGAUGCCUCGAGCCGACCAAACUGGGAAUUGCGGUCGUGGCGUCUGGACUGGGCCCCGAGGAUGGAGUGUUUGUGUACACGGAAUUGCGGCGGGCACUCGAAUCAUUUGUCAUGGAUGGUGACAUGCACAUUUUUUAUCUUUUCACUCCGGUUCAGUCCGCAGGCCUCGCUGACAUUUCCUGGUUGACAUUCCGAAACCAAUUGGAAGACCUUGACGCCAGUGGCAUGCGAGCGAUCCGACUCGUUGGCGUCGAUCCAGCUUUUGUUAACAGACUCGUCAACAGCGGCGCACAACUGAAGGAGAAUACGGCGGAAGAGAUGCGUCUGGCCCGAGUUUAUCGUAGGGUGUAUUGGGCCUUCCAGCUGCGGGACCUGUGCGAUGAGAUGUCGAUUCACGAGGUCAGUCUGAAAUAUUCUGUUCCACGGGGACAAGUGCAGACACUGGCCCAAACCUGUCACGGCUUUGCAGCGGGCAUGAUCAAAAUUUGCGAGAGAAUGGAAUGGGGCAUGCUGGCAGCUGUGCUGGAACAUAUGCUGGACCGUCUUCGGGCAGGCGCCCGGGCCGAUCUCCUGGAGAUGGCUCAGAUAGCAUUCGUCAAGAGUCGCAUGGCCCGCGUGUUGUGGGAGAAUGGAUUCAAGAGUGUUCGAGCUCUGAGUGAAGCCGAUCCGCAAGCUUUAGUCCCGAUCAUGAUGCAGGCCCAAGCAAGAAAAUGGAAACUGCAGGGCGAGGCCGCUACCAAGUUCGAGGCCACGUUGUUAUCAAAGGCAGAGAUCAUAGUCAGCAGUGCGAACAGACUGUGGGAGAAACAGCAAAUGGUCCAGUGGGAGGAGGAAUGA